CCGCUCGUCCGCACCCGCGCGCCGGGGCUGCGGCGCGAGCUCCGGCGGCGACGCUCGCAGUGAUGCUCGUGACUGAUAAGCGUUUUGCGUGACGUCAAGCGCGAGCCAAGUAACUAAAGCUGCCCGCGUUGAGCUCGCGCUCUGUUCAGCAAGACUGAAAUAGCCAAGGAAAUUUUUCCCUGCCCCCCCCAAAUGCGCAUUUAAGGGCGAACCUGCCGUGUGCGGACCGAGCCAUGGGGGCUGCGCUCGACAAACUGCGGGACUUCAGUCCGCUGCGGUGGUUGAGGGAGGAGAGGCAGUCCAGGCGACUCAUUCUGCUCAUCGUUUUCAUCGCCCUGCUGCUCGACAAUAUGCUUCUCACGGUGGUGGUCCCCAUCAUCCCUAGCUACCUGUACAUGACAGCAGAAGAAGACGUUGCUGUGAGGAACCAGACGCCUUCCCCAUACCAAUCCACCAGCAACUUUCAAACAAUCCUAUCCCUCUAUGACAACUCCACCAGGGUGAUUGAAAGUAUAGCCCAGUUGACCACACGGAUGCCCACACAGAAGCCAAUGGUUCAAGAGGCCUUCAGCACAUCCAUCACACCAACCAAUGCUACUGAUUUAAACUGCCCAAAAGAGGAUGAUAAACUCCUAAAUGAAAAUGUGAAGGUUGGAUUGCUUUUUGCCUCCAAGGCAACUGUGCAGCUGAUCACCAACCCGUUUAUUGGACCUCUGACUAACAGAAUAGGAUACCAGAUCCCUUUGUUUGCCGGGUUCUGCAUCAUGUUCGUCUCUACCAUUAUGUUUGCUUUCUCGAAAAGCUACACACUGCUGUUUCUGGCUCGAUCUCUACAAGGGGUUGGAUCAUCCUGCUCCUCGGUUGCUGGGAUGGGGAUGCUGGCCAGUGUCUACACCAAUGAUGAAGAGCGAGGAAAUGCCAUUGGGAUAGCUUUGGGUGGACUCGCCAUGGGAGUUUUAGUUGGUCCUCCAUUCGGCAGCGUGAUGUAUGAAUUUGUGGGCAGAGCAACUCCUUUUCUCGUAUUGGCGGUUCUGGCUAUGCUGGAUGGGGCUUUGCAACUGUUUGUCCUUCAGCCAUCGAAAGUGGCACCAGAGAGCCAAAAGGGAACACCACUUGUGACACUCAUGCGAGAUCCUUACAUACUCAUUGCUGCAGGGUCCAUUUGCUUUGCAAACAUGGGAAUUGCCAUGAUGGAGCCUGCACUGCCAAUCUGGAUGAUGCAGACCAUGUGUUCGCGGAAAUGGCAGCUAGGCAUGGCGUUUUUGCCUGCCAGUGUCUCCUACCUUAUUGGAACCAACAUCUUCGCUGUUCUUGCACACAAAAUGGGAAGAUGGCUGUGCUCUCUCAUCGGAAUGCUGUUGGUGGGGGUCAGCAUUCUCUGUGUGCCAUUUGCUAAAAGCAUCUAUGGUCUCAUCGUGCCAAAUUUCGGUGUGGGCUUUGCAAUUGGCAUGGUAGAUUCCUCCAUGAUGCCAAUAAUGGGCUACCUGGUGGACCUGCGGCACGUGUCUGUGUAUGGCAGCGUGUAUGCCAUUGCUGACGUGGCCUUCUGUAUGGGCUUUGCUUUAGGUCCAUCGGUUGGUGGUGCUAUCGCCAGGAGCAUUGGUUUCCCUUGGCUUAUGACCAUUAUUGGCGUGGUGGACAUCCUGUUUGCACCGUUCUGCUUCUUCCUCAGGAAUCCACCUGCUAAGGAAGAGAAAAUGGCCAUCUUGAUGGAUCACGACUGUCCGAUGAAGACCCGAAUGUACACAACACAAGACACGCAGCACUACCAGAUGGGAGAUGAGAUGGAGACAGAGAGUGACGAGUAGCUGCUUGAGCCAGACAUGUAUGUGACCUUUCAGAAUAUCUACUUUGCUUUAGAAAAAAAGAGUGAAAAAGAAGGCAGUGUUCGUGUGACUGUCCUAAGUGUGUUUUCCCACUGAAUCUUGUCAGGAUGUUGUACUACUGAAACAAACCAAAGUGGUUCUCGUUGCCUGUAGUGACAAACCGCUUUAGAAGAGUUACCAGCCACAAGCCUUACCCGGUGGAGCAGAUACAGAAGAGGAUACGUUUGAUUCCAUGAUUGUUGUAUGGCCUAGUAUUGUAGGGUACAUUCACUGCUCUUGCUCUCAUGGGCAAGCUAAUAGUCACACGUUGGUCAAACACUGAAAUUCGUAGUAUUGAAAAGAACAAAGUGUACUUACCUGUGUCCUGCGUUUAUAUUUUCAAAGGGGUAAUGAUUGAAUGUGGCACUUUAAUCUCAUUGAGCGAUGGCACUAUGUGGAUACAUGUCAUGUUGCUGGUGAAUUAUUAUUUCAGUUGUACUGUAAUUUAGAGCUGUUUGUGUUACUUGGUUUCCUGCUAUGUUGGUCUAGAGCUUUAUGAAUUUUUUAACUAAAUCAACAAGAUAUUGUGUAAAUGUAAUAUAUCGGGUAAUAGCAUUUAACAUGGUUAUCUUUCGGUUAUUAUUAAAUUGGUGGAAACCUACCUUGA